AUGCAAGUGGAGUCCUCACAAAGCUCCAGCACGUACCCAAACUUCCCGUCACUUUCAGAAGGCGCUUACGAGAAAGAGGGCAAGGGAAAGAGGGACACCUCAAGAGUUAGGUCCUUGCGUUGCCCAGUCAAGGAGGAGGGCACAGGUGCUAAAGAUGGAGGCGCCCUUCCAUCUCUGCCACCGGGGUUCAACCGCACGGUACCCAAGGCGCUGAAAGAAGAGGCACAGGGCACCUACCCAAAGACCCUGGCCGUCUCCUCCGAAUGCUCUGCCUUCUCCGGGAAUGUCGAGGACCACGGAGAGGGUCCCCGGAAGCCAGGCUUGGAAGGUGUGGCAGCAUCCUCCAGUGCCCCUAACCUGAAGCUGCGUUAUUCACUCCGUCUGGCAAACAGAAAAAGGAAGCUGCAGGUACCAGAGUCCGAGAAAGGGCUGCGAGAACUUCAGCCUUCCGUCAACUCAAAGGCUAUUAACCCCACCACUGCUAUUAGAAAGGACGUCAGCAAGGAAAUGGGACAACCGACAAGCAUGGCUUUUCCACAGGAGCCUUGUCCCAUUGAAGGAGGAAUGAUGGUCUGGUUCAAAUUUCAGAAUCACCCAUUUUGGCCAGCGGUGGUAAAGAGUGUCAGCCAAACAGAGCAGACGGCAAGGGUGCUUUUGAUUGAGGCAAACAUGGACGGUGAAAUGAGUGGCAUUCGAGUUCCUCUUCGAAGAUUAAAGCAUCUGGACUGUAAAGAGAAAGAAAAACUGAUGAAGAGAGCCGGGAAAGUGUACGAGCAAAGUGUGAACUGGUGUUUCUCCCUGAUUUCCCACUACAGAGAAGGGCUGAGUCACGGGUCUUUUGGAGGCUCUUUCCUGGACUAUUACGCUGCCGACAUCAGUUACCCAAUUAGGAAAGCCAUCCAAGACGCGGAUGUGGAGAUUGAUUUCCCAAAGGUGAAUUAUGCCGACCUGGAAGAUUCUGAAGAGGAGGCCUCCCUGGGCGGGAAGAGGCCCUGCAAGAAAAUUCUCCCUGACCGGAUGAGGGCUGCUCGGGACCGAGCCAACCAGAAGCUCGUGGACUUCAUCGUGAAAAAAAAGGGAGCUGAUCACCAUCUUCUGGACAUUGUCAAAGGCAGGAAAGAGUCCAGGUGGCUGGCAUCAUUUCUGAAUUCAAGCAGGUACGUCAUCUGCAUUGAAACGUACCUGGAGGAGGAAGACCAGUUGGAUGUCGUGGUAAGACAUUUGCAAGAAAUCUACAAACAGAUAGACAAGAAAACGCUGACUCUGACAAGGGACGACAAAGUGAGUUUUGUUCUGGAAGUUCUUCUGCCAGAAGCAAUCAUUUGUUCAAUUGCUGCACUCGAUGGAUUAGGUUACAAGGAGGCAGAACAAAAGUACCUACAGGGGCCACCCGUGCGUUACCGGGAAAAAGAGCUAUUUGAUAAAAAUAUCCUAAAGGAAAUGAGAAAGAGAUCAGCAACAAGGGCCAAAGCCAAAUAACUCCUCCUGUGCCCGCACUUUAGCAGGGAGACCCCUCACCGCCCUGUCUGUAUGAAAUGUGUGAUCCUUCCCUUCUCUAUGGCACGUAAAUAUGUUCUGUAAAUUUGAGACCCCGGGAACACGCUGGAUUCAUUUUUGGAGCGAUCUCUAGCACUUACGGGUAGCACGGCCAUCAUCACUGCUGGUUCCCAAAUG